AUGGAGGCUGUAUCUUCGGAUGGAGAGCUGCAAGGCCCCACGAAGGCCAGUAAGGCCUGUGUGGAGCUUGCAAUGCUGGGGGAGAUGCAGACGGUGAUUGAAGAUCUUUGCAAAGAGCUGCAAGAGGUUCGGUCGGAGACUGCUCCUCAGUUGAGCCAGGGCUCCGGCAGCAAUGCGUCAUUACCACGCCAGUUCCCCAAUCUAAGUCCUGGCCACGCUGCCCUGGGGGACCUCGCCGGCUCAAGCAGUAUGAAGCCAUCAGUAGAGCGCUGCAUCGCCCGCUUGCACGGGGCACUUAUCUCACACGGCGCUGCGAAGCUUGUUUCUUCCCUCUUUUCGCUUCUGUGUGUUCUAAAGCUGCAGGCACAACACAAGACCAAUGAUGGGCUCCUGGAUCGGCUCGAUAGACAUCGCGCAGAGGAGCAGAAACAGCUGGAAACCAUAGAGGAGCUUCAGCGUGAGCUAGACACAAGUAAAAAGGAGCUGCUGCAGCAGCGAGCGCUACGGAAAGAACUUGAAACGCUUAGAGCUGAGAAUGGCUCCCUUCACGAGGAGGUGGAGCUCCUCCAGCAAGCCGUACAGUCCGCCAGCUCAAGCCUGAAAGCGAAGGUCGAGCAGUCAUCUCUCCCUGCGUCUCCUACACAGACCAGUGCCGGUCGUCGGCUGUGUAAGGCAGGUUCAGCUGAAGAGCUGCGAAAGGAACUCGACAAAGCGAACAAAGAACUGAAGCGGCAACUGACGCAGAGCGCUCAGAAAGACUCAGUGAUCGAGGGGCUGCGGGAGGCCGUGCGAGUAUUGCAGCAGGAGACACCCCGCAUGCAGCUGCCACUGCACCACCUGGCCUCGAGCACCCAGCUUCCGGGUUCAUCUGCCCUACCAGACUUUGCUUCUCGUCAGGGGAGUAGGCCUUCCAGCCUGGCCGCGCAGAUGCAGAUGAAGGCCUUCGGAGCUCCUCCUCCCCGCCAAUAUCGGCGACUGGAGAGAGUCACGAGCCUUCAAAGCUCCGUCUCAGCAGAAGCGUCAGGCAGCCUGGCUGCAGAACUGGCAAGCGAAGGAACGGAGCAGCAGCACGAAGAGACACGAACGCUGCAGGAGGCCUUGACGGAGGCCACCCAAAGAGAAGCUGAGGCCAAAUUAGAACUCCAGAGGCUACGUGAGGAAACUCAGCGUCUUAGGGAGGCUGAGACAACUGCAGCAAAUCGCGCAGCAAACAGAGAAGCCGAGUUGGAACGAGAAUGCGAGGUCCUGAGACAAUUGCAACAGCAGUUGGCUGCAGAAAGGGAUUCAAAGGCCGACGAGUUGUUGAAUCUGCAGCUCGAGCUGCAGAAGCAGGAAGCGACUAAACGAGAGCUCUCUGCAAGGUGUGCGGCUGUUGCAGCUUCUGAGAAGGAACUCCAGCAUCAAACCGAAGAGCAGAGGGAACAGCUUCAGCAGCUGCAAAAUCAACGGCAACAGGAACGUGAGACGCAGCAGCAACAGCUUGAGCUUCAGAAGCAGCACUAUGGUGAGCUGGAGGAGCAGCAUGCUCUAAUGGUACAACAAUUACAAUCACGCGAGAGCGCAGCGGAGCAGCUCGAGAAUGAACUGCAACAGAUGAAGCAGAAGCAGGAGCAGUUACACUCUGAGCUAGAGGAGCAGAGAGAAGCCUCCCGAGCUCGGGAUGUGCAGCGCGACCAACUGGCGGAACAACUCGAAAGACGACAGCAAGAAGUAGAACAACUACAACAGCAUAGACAAGAGUUAGAAACGCAGGUUGAGCAGCACAAGAUUCAACUCGAACAGCAGCGGCAGCAGCUCGAAAGAGAGCAACAGCAACGCUUAUCAGCACUUGUCUCUCAGCAGGAAGCCGAGGGAGAUAGACAACAGGAGCUGCUGCGCGAAAGUCAAGAGGAGGCCUUGCGUUUGCAAAGAGAGAAGGCUGAGUUGACGCAAGAACUUGCAGAGCUUCAAAAGAUAGCAGACGAGCUCAGGCACCAGCAGGAGCUGCACGCACAGCAGCAGGAGGUAGCUGAAAAGCAGCAGGAAGUACAGCUGAAAGAGCUGCAGCUGCACCUGUCAACAGAGAAAGAGCACUCUGCGGAGGUUAAAAAGCAACUGCAUGCCACUGAGCAGUCCCUGACAGAGGCGUUGAAGGAUCGGCAGCGGCUGGAGCAGUGCGUCGACCAGCUGCAGUCCCAAUGCGCCGCUGCUUCUGAGCACGCAGCUGAACGAGAGAGAGAAGUUGAAUCAUAUCUCAAACGAGAGGCAGAAUUGGAGAGGGUUCUUCUUUCUCUGGGGGAAACCAAGGAGACGGAUCCCGCAAGAGAAGCAGGGCUUGAGGCAUCCGUAACAGAGACGCUGAGGCGAUACAGUCAGCAAUUGGCAGAGCAGGAGGCUGCAUCUCAGGAGAUGAAGAGAGAGCUGGAGAAGCACCGACAGCAUGUCACGGAGCUAUUAGAGGAGACCGAGAACGCAAAACAGCAACAGAAACAGCAGGGGGACUUGCUUCGCGAUGCGCAACAAAAGGCAAUAGAACAUGAAGCCAACUGCAAGAUCCUCGCAGCACAAGUUUUCCGCCUUCAGCAGCAGCUGGAUCAAUCAGAAAAAGCGCAGGCUGAACUCCAGGAGCACAUAAAAGGACACUUUCACAACACACAUGUUGAUGCAGCUGCUGUCGAGACUAACUCAGUGGAAUCCAAAACGGACGUCGAAUCGGGGCUAGGGGAGGAGCAGCCUGCCGUUUCAACUGAAUCACAGCAGCUAAGGCAACAGCUGGAAGACUUGCGGUUACAAUAUAAUGAACUGGAGAGAGCGUCCGACAAAGUGUUGCGGAGAGCCAAUGAACAGACGCUCGCUCGACGAGACUUAGAAACCAAAAUUCAGGCCCUAGAGAAAAAGCUGCAGCAUCGUAGAGUCCAAGUAGAGACAAUGCUGGAGCUGAACGAGGCGAUCACCAUGGAGAAGGAAGAAAUCCUCACGAGAGCGACGGACACCCUAAGGAAAGCUAGAGCAGAUUGCAUCCGGCUGGGACAUCUGGCCCUCCGCCGGGCACCAAAAGAGGCCCCAUCUGCUGCCGCUACUGUGGAUGGAUCUGACAAGAAGAACAUGACGAGUCAAAAUUCUGGGGGCAUCACAUCCAGUUGCUUUGCCAAUAGGCGGAACCUGAGGCAAGUGGAAAUGUACCGCCCCGUGGCACUGAAUAUCCACGACUUGGCGUCAGGGGCUACUUUUCGGAGCUUUGGCAGUACCUCUAGCAGUCCGCGGGUUGGAGACUUGCUAGACAUGAUCCCCAACAUCCCCAAUCCAUUGGAUCUGGUCAAGCAAAUAAAGAGUGGUAUUUUUAGGAAGAACACUGCCGAUAUGCCUGCAAAGCAGCAAGAACCUGUAAUUCCAUCAUCUUCCUCAAGCGACAGCGAUGGCCCAACCACGAGGCCCCAUGCUGUUGUCAGCCUGAGGCAACGUCGGCAGUCAGGUAUGAGCCUUGAGCACCUGGGUAGCUGUGACAGGUGGAAACCGAGCAUAAGUUCAAGUGAGUCUGGCCUCGAAGUGUCCCCCACGGAAGGGCCAACAGGAGUCCGCUCUGCGGAGACAAUCCCCACCACUGCAAGUUUCACGACAGAGAGUGGACAGGAGCUGCCCAAGCAUCUUGCAGAUAAAGGAGUCUUGGAGACGGCUGCGCCGCGGCAGCGGAUUCUAAUGCACAUGCGCGCCAAUAGGGGCCCUACGGCUAACCAGUACAUCGAUGUUGAACAUAGGCGUUUCCUAGCGUAUUCCCGCAGUGACUCGGACUCGUAA